UUCACGUCAAUAGAUCACCAUCAUGCAGCCUUUGAGUGGUCAGCGAACUUUGAAGACAUACAAUGAGAUUAAACUGUGCCGACUUUUGUCCCAGUGCGAAGCACUUUUGCUUGGUUCGAAGCUUUCGUGGCGCCUUCAGAAGUACGUUGUAAAGUUGGAAGAACUCCUUAAAGUACUCGAACAGCAGAAUACCCAACAGCCCAGUCUUGAACGACUCGCAGAACUUCGCAGGAAAGUUGCCUACAUUGUUGGUGUGGCCCAAGUAGAGAAAGUCCAACCCGAAAAGAAGUUUGUUGAGCAGUUAAAGGUUCCCCAGUAUCCGAAUAGUGAAGUGCGACAGAGACGUGAUACGCGAGUGAAUCGACAAAUUCGUGACAACCUUUUAGGUAGGCGAGACAGGGAUAAUAACUUGGAAACAGACUCGCGCAGAAAGGAGACCAAAGACGUUGAUCAAAUUUUACAAGAACAGGAUGCUAUGCAACAACAUAUUGCUGAAAGUAUGGUAUCACUUGCACAAGAUUUAAAACGGAAUGCGCUGACGGCUAAACAGCUAAUUGUUGCGGAUACGGAGGUAGUCAGAUCGAACCUCAACGCGACGACUUCGAAUUAUAUUAAGCUCCAGAAAGAGUCUGACCGACUAGAGAAGAAGCUGAAAUUUUCCUGUUCAUGCCAUUGUACAAUGUGGCUUAUGCUAGUGGUUGUAUGCAUUGUAUUUCUACAGAUGGUCGUGUUUAUUCGACUUUUCCCAAAACGAUAUUAGUAAAUUAGAAGAUUACCAUUUGCGCA